AUGCCUGAAGAACAUUACAUAUCAGAUCAUAUCUCCAGUAAACCAGGAAAACCUAUACCUCGUAGUCAUACUGUUGUAAGACGUCAUGCUCCAAAACUUGGUAAUCCAACUCCACUUGGUCUUUCUGCUUUCGCAUUAUCGGUUAUGGUCGUGUCCUUUUAUAAUAUGCAAUCACUUGGUGUCGUUGUACCAAAUGUUGUAGUUGGUGUUUCUAUGUUCACCGGUGGUGUAGUACAAUUUGCUGCUGGCAUGUGGGAAUUCAGAGUUGGAAACACCUUUGGUGGUACAGGAUUUUCUGCUUUUGGUGGUUUCUGGACUUCCUUUGGUGCUCUUUAUAUCCCAUCAUUUGGAAUUGAAAAAGCUUUUGAGAAUCAUUUUUAUUCAGUCAAUAACAUUGUAGACCCUAACAAUUCAACCUUACAUUGGGACCCUAGCACUGAUUCGGUGUACAAUAAUGCAUUAGGAUUAUACUGUGUCGCCUGGCUCAUAUUCACAUUCAUUUUCACAUUAGCUUGCAUGCGUACAAGUGUCGGAGUUUUAUCAGCUUUCAUCUUUUUAACAUUUACUUUCUUGGCAUUGUCAAUUGGUCAUUUCACACUUAAUAAUUCCAUUAUAAAAGUCGGCGGUAUUCUUGGACUUAUCACAUCGUGCAUAGUAUGGUAUUGUACAGCUGCCGUAUUAUUGACACCAGACCUUUCACCAAUAGGCCUACCACUUGGUGAUUUAAGUCGUAAAACUGUUUAA